AGAGUCUGGGGCUGUCCUGGGCACUGCCCUGAGCCCCGAGGAGCAGCUGGCACUGCUCUUGGUGGCACAUCAGGCUGUGUCCCUGGGGCUCUGCAGAGCUGCCUUCCCACACCAAGCUUGGCCUCGGCACUUCUGCUGCUCCUGGGCAGCCUCGGGGGGCUCAGGGGGCUGCGGGGGGAGGCAGAGGCUCUGUGCAGGCAGGGGUUAAACAUUCUGAAUUUGCAGUAGGCAGCAGCUUUCCCAUAUAAGAGCACUGCCCUCAUUGGCUCUCCCCUUCCCUGAGAAAUCCAGCCAGUCAUUUCCUGUGCGAGCCUCCUUCUCUCUGCAAAAGCCACACGUUGGGUGAAGCACAGGGGUCUGGGGGUGCUCCUUCCCACAGGGGUCUGGGGGUGCUCCUUGGAUUCCCUCAUGGACCAGCUGUGCCACUGCCAGGUGAACAUGGCCUUCCCUGCAUGGCUUCCCACCCAUGGAUGGAGAUAAUUCUGGGUGUGCCUUCAGGCCAGUGAACUCCUCCUGGUGCUGCCUUGGUUCCUGCCCGGAGGUUGUUUCCCCUCUGAAGAACCCGUGGGGACUCCUCGUCACAUCAGAUCAGCUCUUGGGUGGAGCUUGCAGCAACUUGUGGCGCUCUGUCCGUGCAAGACUGCCAGUAAAUAACUCUGAGCGCUGUGGAGAGAUGGGAACUGCAGCUGAGGAAUGAUUUUGGGGAGAGGAAGACAGAAAAGCACAAGCAAACUGUUCUGGAAGUGCAAACACCCUCCUAAAGGAUUCGGCAGAUGCAGCAGCUAUGGGGCCGGGCUGUAGCCCCAGCCAGGGAGGUUUCUCUUGGGAGCAGAGCUGUUAACCCUUUGGAGGGAGUGCCUGGCGAUGAGGAGGAGCUGCUGAGCAGAGCUCUGCUGCAGGUUUAGUGCCCCCACAGGGAUCCUCUUGGUGAUCUGCAGGACCAUCUCUCCUGGCAAUGGAUAAGUUCACAAACGGGCAGCCAGGCCCAGCUCAGAGGAACAGGCUCACGGGGCUGCUGGAAACUGAUGACAGCACCCAGGAAGAGAAACCUGCCCCUAGCAAAAAGGAAGAAAGGUCAGGACCUGGAAGGAAAGGAGAGCCACAGCCCUUGGAGACUCCUUAUCAGAAGGAGAGCAGUGACUUUGCCCCUAAAAUCAAGAUUAACCUGAAUUAUCGGCCAGGACUUGUCAGCAACCAGAAGGACCCGAAUCGCUUUGACAGGGAGCGCCUGUUCAGCGCCGUGGUCAGGGGCAGCCCCCAGGCUCUGGAGGGUCUGCUGGAGUACCUGAGGAGGAACUCCAAAUUCCUCACCAAUUCCGAGUACACAGAUGCAAAGACUGGGAAGACCUGCUUGAUGAAAGCCCUGCUGAACUUAAAAAAUGGGAAGAAUGACACAAUCCCAGUCUUGCUGGAAAUAGACCAAAAGACACAGAACCCCAGGCCACUUGUCAACGUGUCCUGCUCUGACUGUUUCUACAGAGGCCAGACUGCCCUGCACAUCGCCAUCGAGAAGAGGAGCCUGGAGAUGGUGAAGCUGCUGGUGGAGAAUGGAGCUGAUGUCCAUGCCAGGGCCCACGGGGAGUUCUUCAGGAAGAAGAAGGAAGGAGUUUACUUUUAUUUUGGUGAGCUCCCCCUCUCCCUGGCUGCCUGCACCAACCAGCUGGAUGUGGUGGAUUACCUCCUGAACAACCCCCACCAGAAGGCCAGGCUGCAGGAGCAGGACACCCAGGGCAACACGGUGCUGCACGCCCUGGUGAUGAUUGCAGAUGACACCGAGGAGAACACCAAGUUUGUCAGCAGCACCUACGUGGAGAUCCUCAAGGCGGGCGUGAAGCUGGACCCCACCUGCAAACUGGAGGAGAUUGUCAACUAUGAUGGCCUCAACCCCCUGCAGCUGGCUGCCAAGACAGGCAAAGUGGAGAUCUUCAGGCACAUCAUCCAGAGGGAGAUCCAGGAGCCCCUGUACCGGCACCUGUCCCGCAAGUUCACCGAGUGGACCUACGGCCCCAUCCACGUGUCCCUCUAUGACCUGUCCUCCCUGGACAGCUUCGAGGAGAACUCCGUGCUGGAGAUCCUGGCCUACAGCAGUGACACCCCGAACCGGUACAAGAUGGUGGUUUUGGAGCCACUGAACAAACUGCUCCAGCAAAAAUGGGAAACCUUUGCUUCCAAGAGGUUCUACUUCAGCUUUGUCUCCUACCUGUCAUUCAUGAUCAUCUUCACAGCCAUUGCAUACUAUCAGCCCUUAAGGGUGAAGCCUUCCUUCCCAGUGGAGUUCACAGCUGGAGGCUUCCUGUGGGUCUCUGGACUGAUCAUUAUCUUGUUAGGAGGCAUUUAUCUGAUCUUUGCUCAGAGCCUGUACCUGAGGAGGAGGCGCCAGUCCCUGAAGACCAUGUGCUCUGACAGCUGCAUCGAGAUCCUGAUCUUCAUCCAGGCCUUCUCCCUGCUGCUGUCAGCAGUGCUGUAUGGAGCCAGCUCAGAGAACUACGUGGCAGUGAUGGUGUUCUCCCUGCUCCUGGGCUGGGUGAACACCCUCUACUACACCCGCGGCUUCCAGCGCACCGGCAUCUACAGCGUCAUGAUCCAGAAGACCAUCAUGAGAGACCUGCUGCGUUUCCUCCUGGUCUACAUGAUCUUCCUCUUUGGCUUUGCUGCAGCCCUGGUGACGCUGAUGGGCGAUGCCCCCUCGGUGUCCCAGAACAAGUCCCUGGCUCCCCUGGAGAGCUCGGGCAGCCACGCCAUGUACGGGGGGCUGCUCAGCGUCUCCCUGGAGCUCUUCAAGAUCACCAUCGGCAUGGGGGACCUGGAUUUCCAGGAGCACGCCAGGUUCAGGUACUUUGUCAUGCUGCUGCUGCUGCUGUUUGUGAUCCUCACCUACAUCCUGCUGCUGAACAUGCUGAUUGCCCUCAUGAGCGAGACUGUCACGGAUAUUUCUGGCUACAGCAAGAGCGUCUGGAAGCUGCAGAGGGCAAUUGCAAUCCUGGAAAUAGAGAAGGCCUGGCUGUGGCGCCAGGGGGGGAAGAGGAGAUCUGGCUGCUUCAUGUCAGUGGGGCUCAAUAAGAAGGAUGAGAGGUGGUGUUUCAGAGUAGAGGAAAUUAAAUGGACAGAUUGGGCAAAGGAUGUGGGAGUUCUGAAGGAAGAACCUGGGAACACCUAUGAUUCAGAACUAAAUCCAGAAGACCCCAGCAGCUCCUGGAGACCGGCACAGAAACCGCCCCGAGCAGCUGCCCCGGAGGAGCUGGCCCUGCUGCAGCCCCAGGCACCAGGCACAGAGAUGGUUCCUCUGCACAGACAGCCCAGGGAGCUCUGACAGCUCUUCUGAACCCGCCUCCAUCUCCAGAGGAGUUGUUCUUCCCCCAGCAGCUGGGAGAGCUGAAGGCACUGUCAGCAGCAAAGUGCAUUUCGUGGAGGGCUGUGGCUCAGCCUGUGGCUUUCAGUGUUGUCAUGCACUUUAAUGAUUCAUUUCCUCUGAAGAAACUGGUUUUACUCGACUUUUCUUUGCCUGACACUUUCUUGUUACUAUUCCUAAAGAUCCCAGAUCCCAGAACAGCUCUCAGAGCUGCACAGGGAUCAUGGCCAAGGAAUCACCUGGCUGAGGAUGGCCCAGCCUGUUCUCCUGUCUCAAAGGACUGCACUGAAGUGCUUUGGAAUAAAAAGUGUUGUAGAGUCCCAAAAGCUGCUGAGGGUGGAGUUGUCUCUGUGCUGGUGUGAGAUGUGAGUGCACAAACCCUCACCCUGUGCAGCACCUGCAGGGCUCCGUGGUGAACCCACAUCAGGAUCCCCAUUUCACACUUCCAGAGUGAAAUUCUUUGCAAGUUUCCCUAAAUCACAGGGAGUGGUGUGGAUUUCCUGGACCUGAAACUUCACUGGUGGAUUUCUGGGACUUUGAUGGUUGCUUUGUCUCUGUUAUAAACAGCAGCAGAAUCCUGCUGGUGGCCCCUGAGAGACUGAUGGGCCAACACUUUGUGUGUGGUUUUUGCUUCCUGUUACUCAUGAUGGGCAUCCUGUCUUGCUGCAAAUGUCUGCAAGGACCUUGUUCCUUUUUGUGGCUUGCAGCCUGCUGUAAACUCUGUGGGAGAAGAGAUAAAAAUGAGCUGUCUCACUUUUCACUCUAUUUAACAAUAAUGACAUGUAAAAUUUCUGUAAGCAAUACAGCAAGUGUACUUAA